UACAUUUAUUUACAACUUCAGUAACUCGUUUGCGACUUAGCGUAGCGUUCGUGUAACGUGUUGCCAUUAAUGUAUCCUCCAGUAAAGUUUUAUAUUUAAUUUACAAAGUUCUUUCGAUUUAAUUGAAAGUCCUAUAUACAUAUACACAUCGGAAAUUAUUAUUGUAUUUAACUGAUUUUAUUUUAUGUGAAGAAUGUCGAGUUUUAAGCAAACGCCAUUAACCUGUAGCGGACACACCAGGCCUGUCGUACACUUGGAUUUCAGCGACAACACCGACUAUGGAUAUUUCUUAAUAUCUGCGUGCAAAGAUGGAAAACCCAUGUUGAGACAAGGAGAUACUGGUGAUUGGAUUGGUACAUUUGAAGGCCACAAAGGUGCCGUUUGGGGGGUAGCCUUGAACAAAGAAGCGACAGUAGCUGCAAGUGGUGCUGCAGAUUUUGAAGCUAAGAUUUGGGAUGCAAAAACUGGUGGUGAAGUACAAUCUUUUCAACAUAAACACAUUGUAAAAAGUGUAAAUUUCUCAAGAGACAGUAUUUUCCUUGCAACUGGCUCCAAUGAAAAAUUGCUCAGAAUAUUUGAUCUCAACAAAUCAGCUGAAGCUGUUACUACAUUCAACGGGCAUACAUCUGGUAUAAAACAUGUCAUGUUCUUUCAAAAUGAUAGGAGAAUAAUUUCAUGUGCUGAUGACAAGACAGUUAGAAUUUGGGAUCCCCUGUCUGGACAAGAAAUUCACAAGAUGGAGUUCAGUGCUAUUCCAACCAGUUUAGAAGUGUCUAGAGACGAAUCUAUUGUGACAAUCGCACAUGGAAAUUGUGUCAGUUUUUGGAAUGCUGAAAGUUUAUCAAAAGUCAAUGAAGUCACUGUACCGACACUUGUGAACACGGCAUCAUUGCACAGGGACAAGACUAUGUUUGUGUGUGGGGGGGAAGAUCUUAAGAUGUAUAAAUUUGAUUAUACCACCGGAAAAGAAAUUGAAUCAUUCAAAGGUCACUUUGGGCCUGUACACUGUGUCCGUUUCUCACCAGAUGGUGAGCUAUAUGCUUCUGGCUCUGAAGAUGGAACUCUACGUUUGUGGCAGACAACCAUUGGAAAGACAUAUGGCCUGUGGAAGUGUGUAGACAAAGUUGGCUCACCUCAAGAUUUACACCAACAAGAAAUAACAGCCAUCUAAUGUUUUAAAUCAAAUGCAGCAUACACUUCAUCCAAAGCCAAUUUAUUUAUGUUAUUAAAAAUGUAGUUUUCAUUUUUAUAAAUCACAUAAUGAAUGACCAAAACAUUACCAGUUAAAAAAAAAAUAUUUAUCAUUCUAAAAUCUAAUUCAAUUAAUAUUUUCAAAUCAAUAGCAGUUGAUGAUUAUAUUUUCAACUUUUAAUAAUUUAAAAAGAAUCAUAUACUUGGUAAAACAUGAUAAUAUUGCUUAUCAAUUGUGUACCCUAACAUAAAAUAUUUUUCUCAUUAUGAAUUAAAUAUACCACAAGAUUUAAUUUUUUUCAUUCACACAUUUAUGUGCUGUAAUUUAAAAUUAAUAAAUCUUUUGCCCUUUUGACAUUAAAACAUAACAUAUUAGAAUACUUUGUGUUUCCAUUUGCAAUGUUAAUGUCGUAUUAUGUAAAAAUACCAAGUUAAAAAAAAAUCAACUAAAAGCUAAGCUGAUUUUACUAUCAUUUUACUGUGGGAUACGAAAAUGUUUGUAAUUAUAUUUAUUUCCAAACGAAUUGUUAAAAAUUGUAAUUAUUGUGAAAUAUUGUUAUUUACUUACUAUUGCUUGGAACAAGACUGUAUCUACUGUGUUCCAAUUUUAUGGAUACAGAUUAUGUCUAAUAUGCGGUUUAAGUUAUUUUCCAAGUAACUAAAAUUUUUUACAACUUGAUAAUAAUUUUUUUAUUUAUUAAUAUAUUUAUUUAUACCGCAAGACUUAAGAUCUUAAUAUUAUGAGAAAGGACUUUGAAAUAAACAAUUUAUUUAUGUUUUUCAAAAA